AUGGCUAAUCAUGACUGGGACAAGGACGAUAGACACAAAAAACGAAGGCACGAAAACCUAGCCGUUCUUCGUAGGCAGGGCCGAAACCAGUACUCAUGGAGGACAAUAUCAGAUUCAUCACCACGGGCUAAUGAGCUCGGGCUCCAUUAUUCCUCUGGACCACCCAGAUAUAUCUGCGGAGGAAUCCUGGUAGUGGCGAUGGGCAUCGGGAUGCUAUUUUUUAAUGUAAUCGUGUUGAAAUCCGAUGUUUUGCCUGCUUACUUUGACAAGUCAGAACAACCUGCCUUUCAGGAACCUCCUAAAGAGAUUAAUGUUCUUUACUACAAUAGACCUGAAUGGGUACCUGAAAUUGUAUUCAAUAAUUGUGAAUACCCAUGCAAAAUGAUAUCAGGAUCAAAGCUAGACUCGGCAAAUUUCGUCCUUUUUCAUGGACCCAGAAUUGGAAAGAAAACCAAACCACCAAAUAAGUUACGUGGCCAAGUUUGGAUAAUGCAUGGUAUGGAAUCCCCACAUCACUAUUAUAAUGACUUGUCAGAGUGGAAUAAUUUAUUCAAUUGGACGUUCACAUAUAGAAGGGAUUCUGAUGUUCUGUCGGUUUAUUCUGGAUUUCAGUUUCAUCGAAAUAACACUACAAUGAAUAUACGUAAACAGUGGAAAGCCAAAGACAGAAAUACUGCCUGGUUAGUGUCUAACUGUCACACUCCAAGCAAACGAAUGCAAUACAUAAAGAGUCUUAAAAACUCCACUGAUAUUCAUGUUUACGGUGGCUGUGGUCAACACAGAUGCACCAGAUCAAACGAAAACAAUUGUAUGAAACUUCUUCAAAAACAUUACAGAUAUUACUUGGCCUUUGAAAACUCUCUGUGUGUUGACUACAUUACAGAAAAAGCAUUUAAAACCUAUACAUUCUCUUUCUCUACGGUCUCAGUUGUAAGAGGUGGGUCAAAUUACUCCCUGUUUCUCCCACCCGGAUCUUAUCUAGAUGCCAAGGACUUUGUUAAAGGCCAUGCGUUAGGGGAAGCGAUGAAGAGAUCUUUCGAUAAUGCAACUGAUUUUUUUUCGUGGACUAAAAAUUAUAUCAUUCAUUAUCAAGAACAAAAAUGGUGUUCUUUAUGCAAACAUAUUCACCAUUCUGAAAACUAUAAACGAAUAUAUUCAAACAUCAACUUUUGGUUGAAAGAUCUCCCAAGAUCAGCAUGUAAAAUUCCCAAAGAUCUUUGA